CGCAGUAUUUCGGCUUCACAUUCACACCUCAAUCCUCUCAUAAAAACUCUCUUGUCGAUACAAUUAGGCAUGCAUCACUGAUAUCAAUAUCGUAUUCAACUACAAUACUCACCCACGGAAAUCAAUCACGAGAUACUAUCAUUAAAAUGUCCACACCCUUUUCUCUCACGCAGACCAUUCUCAUCUCAGACCCUCUCGGCUACAAAUCGGCCACUCAGUCCCCUUUCCUCGCCAACGCUUCCCAAGGCCGCGUCUCCAAAACUCUUCUAGGUCAAUGGCUCGCCAAUGACCGGCUGUAUAUCCACGCUUACAUCCGUGGCGUGGGCCGUCUACUGAGCUUUCUGCAGCUCCCCGAGGUGGUGACUCCUCCUCGUGAUGAUACAACUGAGCGGGAGCACCCGCCAAACGCCAAACUACUUCACUGGAUGAUUGAUGCGCUUGUGAACAUCCGCCGAGAAGAAGAUUUCUUCGUUCAAACUGCGGCCAAAUACGGCAUCGACGUGAAUCUACCUGCUGAUGCCAACGGCCAGGUUGCCAACGACACCAAACUCGAGGGUCUACGCCGCUUCGAAGCCCUCUUCGACAGCAUCUCCCCCAGCAGCGACAACGACGUCAUCCUCCCCUGGCUCGAAGCCGCCAUCGUCUUCUGGGCGACGGAGAAAUGCUACCUCGACGCCUGGUCCGGCGCCGCAUCCCGACUCUCCACCCCCUCGGACAGCAAAGACGAGGACGAUGCCGACGGCGGGGCCCUCAGACGGGAAUUCAUUCCGAACUGGAGCUCCAAGGAGUUUGCGCAGUUUGUCGACCAGCUGGGCGAGAUUAUCGACGCCGCGGUGCAGCGGGAGAUGGAGCUGCGGCGGGACGCGGAUGAGCUUGUCAGGGUGCAGUUGUUGGAUAGGGCGUUGGCGAAGUGGCAUGAGGUGGUGGAGGCGGAGAAUGCAUUUUGGCCUGCGAUGGAGGCGUGACUUUGAGCAUGACUGACCUGUUUUUACUUUAUCAUAUGGUACAUGUAGUUAUGGCAACAAAGAUGCUACGCUGGACGGAGAACGAAUAGCCAGCCAAGAGUUCUUGGCCGUGGCUCGACCACUGCUGUUGAGAGCCAAGAAAUCAAGUGCUCCAGAGCUAAGCCUCUGCACGGAGCAGACCAUUCUCAUCACCUGCAAAUAUUCAUCACAAAAUGAGAUGGAAGACAAACCUCAGUAAUAUUCAGAGAUUCAGAUACUGUGAAUAUCGUGAAUAUCGACAAUGAACAUGAAAGUAAAUGAUAGCGACCGGCGACUAAACGGCCCCUCAGAAGCAGAGCCUCACCCAUCGAAAUAGGACAAAAGACGCGAAAUGCAAUGCGACCCCUCCCCAGUAUCCCAUCUGGGUAGGUUAGUAUCCCAAGGACCCUGCACAGU